UAGGGUUUAGUGGCUUCCCCUUUCUCUCUCUCUCUCUCUCUCUCUCCCUUCGCUUUCUCUCUUCCUUCCUAGGGCUUCCCCUCCUCGGCGGCGCAUCGCAUAGGCGGCGGACGAAGAGCUCCCGGCGAUGGGCGGCGACAAGGAGAACCUCGACCUCUCCGACCUCAACGCCUCGCUGCCCGCCGCCGCCGCCGCUCUCAGCGCCGAGGACCGCGCCGGCCUCGUCAAUGCCCUGAAGGAUAAGCUGCAGAGCUUGGCGGGUCAGCACACGGACGUGCUUGAGGCGCUCUCCCCCAAUGUCAGGAAGCGUGUCGAAUAUUUGAGGGAGAUCCAGGGCCAGCAUGAUGAAAUCGAGUUAAAAUUCUUUGAAGAGAGAGCUGCGCUUGAAGCGAAGUACCAGAAGCUUUAUGAACCCUUGUACACAAAGAGGUAUAACAUAGUAAAUGGAGUUGUUGAGGUUGAUGGUGGAAAUGACGAACCAGCCAGUGAAAAUGCUGCUGAGGGUAAAGAUGCAGAUGCUAAAGGAGUCCCAGAUUUUUGGCUUACUGCUAUGAAAACAAAUGAAGUGCUUUCUGAGGAGAUCCAAGAGCGUGACGAGCCUGCUUUGAAAUAUCUGAAAGAUAUCAAGUGGGCUAGAAUUGACGAUCCUAAGGGUUUCAAGCUGGAUUUUUUCUUUGAUACGAACCCUUUCUUCAAGAACUCUGUCCUAACAAAAACGUACCACAUGGUUGAUGAAGAUGAACCAAUUUUGGAGAAAGCAAUUGGGACUGAAAUUGAGUGGUAUCCUGGUAAAAACCUGACACAGAAGAUUCUAAAAAAGAAACCCAAGAAAGGUUCAAAGAAUGCAAAGCCUAUUACCAAAACUGAAGUCUGUGAGAGCUUCUUCAACUUUUUCAGUCCCCCGCAAGUACCCGAUGAUGAUGAGGACAUUGAUGAAGACACUGCUGAUGAGCUUCAGGGUCAAAUGGAACAUGAUUAUGACAUUGGGACCACCAUAAGGGAUAAGAUCAUCCCACAUGCUGUUUCCUGGUUUACUGGUGAGGCUGUGCAAGCCGAGGAUUUUGACGAUAUGGAGGAUGAUGAAGAAGAUGAUGAAGACGAUGAUGAAGAUGAGGAGGAGGAAGAAGAGGAUGAGGAUGAAGACGAAGACGAUGAGGAAGAAAAAAGCAAGCCAAAGAAGAAGUCGGCAGGCAAACCGAAGUACAUUCUCCACCAGCUACCAUCGAAGGGCGGGGCACAAGGAGGUGCUGAUCAACCAGCAGAUUGCAAGCAGCAGUAGAACUGUUGUGGUUCACAGCGCCACGUGAGCUGUUUGUUAUUUUGUUGAUGCAGUAUUUUGCGUUGAACUGCCCAGGAAAUUAUUGGUUGGUUGUGCACGGGUGAGGUUUCGUUGCUGGUAUAUGUUACCCGUGGUUUUAUUGGCGAAGUUGUGAGGCCUGUCUGGAACAUCUAUAUUAGAGUAUUAUUAUGUUUUAGUUAUAUGUAAUCGGUUUAUUAAGUUUGUGUAAUUAUCUGGAAUCUGCCGGUGGAACUUUUACUAGUAUUCAUUUGAGCCUUAUGGAAAAAAAAUGAAAUAUGUCUUAUGGAAAAAAUUGAAAUGUGUCAUUGA